AUGGAGGAGGAGGAGGUAGUUUUAGAGUUUGAAGCGAGUCUUGGCAACGGAUCCUUCGGCAUUGUGUAUCUGAUCAAGGACAAGGAGAAUCGAAGGUAUGCUGUGAAAAGAAUCAACUUUCAGGGUCAAGAGUCAGAGCGAACACAGGCCUUGAGAGAAGCAGAACUUCUGUCCAAGGUACGAAACGAAUACAUUCUCAACUACAUCGAAUCAUUUGAAGAUGACGAGUGUCUAAAUAUAGUAACAGAAUACUGUGAUGGGGGUGACCUUGAGGUGUAUUUAAGGAACAGAAAUGGGAAGAGUCUGCCUGAAGUUCGAAUCUGUCACUGGAUUUACCAGAUAGCAUCAGGACUACAGUACCUUCACGGACAGAAGAUUCUCCACAGAGAUCUGAAAGCCAAGAAUAUUUUCCUGAUGAGUGACCUUUCUCUGAAGCUGGGAGACCUAGGCAUCGCAAA